GCCUGAGUCGGUGUUGCCGGAAGUGGGGCUACUUCGGCGGCGAAGCCUCAGACGGCAGCGAGCUCGCGACUAAGAUGGCCGGGGCCGCCACGGUUUCCACCACCCGGGAGCAGCUCCGGCACCUGGCGGCGGAGCUGCGGCUGCUCCUACCGAGAGUGCGGGUCGGCGAAGCCCAGGAGACCGCCGAGGAGUUCCAGCGGGACGCGUUCUGGGGACGACUCCAUGAGGCCGCCGCCAAGGUGUCCGGGGAAGCCACGGCGCUCACCACCGCGGUCCGCUCUCGACUUCCGGCGCCCGCGCCUUCGCCGUCUCCACAGGAAACCCAGAGAAUCUGUGAGCAGGUCCAUGCUGCCAUGAAGGCAAUUGUUGAAGUGUACUGUUCUCUUCCUAAAGAUCAGGGGAUCAUCCUGAGAAAGCUGGUACGCAACUCUGUUUUGGACAUCAUGGAUGGCAUGACUCAGCUUGUGGAAGUUCUUCUUACCACUCUAGUGCAGAGCCCUGAGAACAAUGACCUUAUUUCCUGCAACAGUGUCUGGGUUGCAUGUGAGCAGGUGCCUCGGAUACCAAGAGAUAACAAAGCUGCAGCCUUUCUAAUGCUGACCAAGAGUGUAGAUUUUGUGAAGGAUGCAUAUGAAGAAAUGGAGCAGGCUAUAGAAGAAUGUGAUCCUUACCGUGGCCUCUUGAAUGAUUGUGAAGAGGACAAUUCUAACAACCAUAGUAAUGAGAAUGGUACACUGGCGUUGCCAAGCAAUCGGGACUCCUAUUGGUCAGAGGAGGACCGAGAGCUCAUACUUCCAUGCCUUGCACUGGUGAGAACAUCCAAAGUCUGCCUGAAGAAAAUCCGGCUCUUAGUGGCAAAGAAUGGGAAGAAGGACCAGGUGGCCCAGCUAGAUGACAUCGUAGAUAUUUGUGAUGAGAUCAGCCCCAGUGUGGAUGAUUUGGCCCUGAGUAUAUAUCCACCUGUGUGCCAACUUACUGUGCGACUCGGUUGUGCAAAACUUGCAUCUGUUUUAAAGAAGGCACUUGAAAUUACAAAAGCGAGUCAUGUGGCCUCUCAGCCAGAAGAUAGUACGAUCCUUUUACUCAUGAAUGCCAUUGAUCAUUUCAUGAACAGAGUUAAGGAACUCACUCAAUGCAAUUGAAUUAUGAGUGUCAGGCUCAUUCUUACUCUUUUCUUUCCCUCUUUUGCAUUCACACCCAGGUCCCAAUGUUUGCUUUUAAGUGGAGCUAGAGCACUUACUGGAUGGAAAGGGAGUUUCUGUCUAUAUUUUAUAAAAGACUGUUAAAAAAAAAAAAGACUGUUAACAGAGAUUAUUGGCUGACCAGAUUGGCAAUUGUUUAUAAGCCAUAUGAGUAUGUUUCUGUGCUUAAUAAAAAAGAUAAUUGCAUAUGUUUGUGUUCCUGAAUUUUCUCUCAGAUAUUCUUAGGAAGAUACCUUAUUCUUAAUUUGCAGUAACACAUAUUGUUUCAUUGCUGAAGGUGUUGAUGGUAAGGUGCCAAAGAUGAGUCUCCUUUCAAAGUUUCUUUGAGAAAUGCAGUCUGUUGAAACAAGAACCUUUCUUCCUUUCCUCCUUUUGGUGUGGUACUAGGGUUUGAACUCAGGGUCUUGUACAAAACCCACUUUUAGUACUUACAUAAUAUUCUUAUCCGUCUUUCUGAUUAUUAGCCAAGCUUAUUUGACCUCUGAAAUAAAUUGGGAUUGUACUCA